AUGGACGCCGAGUUGGAGUUUGCCAUCCAACCGAGCACCACCGGCAAGCAGCUCUUCGACCAGGUGGUCAAAACAAUCGGACUCCGCGAGAUCUGGUAUUUCGGUCUCCAAUACACCGACAACAAGGGCUUUCCCACUUGGUUGAAGUUGAACAAGAAGGUGCUUUCGCAAGAGGUGAAGAAGGACACCACGCUUCAGUUCAAAUUUCGCGCCAAGUUUUACCCGGAAGAUGUCUCUGAAGAAAUCAUCCAAGACGUCACCUUGCGUCUCUUCUAUCUUCAAGUGAAGGAUGCCAUCCUUUCCGAUGAGGUCUACUGCGCACCGGAGUCGUCGGUGUUGCUGGCUGCAUACGCCAUGCAGGCGAAGUACGGCGACUACAACCCUGAGCUGCAGGGCCCAGGCUUCCUCACACAAGAUCGUCUUCUCCCGCAGCGCGUCGUCAACCAGUUCAAGCUGUCACCAGAUGAGUGGGAGCGCCGCAUCAUGAAUUGGUGGAAUGAUCAACGUGGCAUGGGACGCGAGCAGGCCAUGUUGGAGUACUUGAAAAUUGCUCAGGACCUGGAGAUGUACGGCAUCAAUUAUUUUGACAUCCGCAACAAGAAGGGCACUGAACUCUACCUUGGCGUCGACGCGCUCGGUUUGAACAUCUACGAAAAGACUGACCGAUUGUCACCAAAGGUCGGCUUCCCGUGGUCUGAGAUCCGCAACAUUUCUUUCAACGAUAAGAAGUUUGUGAUCAAGCCGAUCGACAAGAAGGCUUCCGAUUUCAUCUUCUAUGCCCCGCGCCUUCGCAUCAACAAGCGCAUUCUUGCUCUUUGCAUGGGCAAUCACGAGCUGUACAUGCGCCGCAGGAAGCCGGACACCAUUGAGGUUCAGCAAAUGAAGCAACAGGCCAAGGAAGAGAAGGCUCUUCGUCAGCAAGAGCACGAGCGACUCAGCAAGGAAAUGAACGCUCGUGAGGCUGCUGAGGCGCGCCAGCGCGAGGCGGAGAACCGCAUGGCUGAGAUGGCGGCUGCCUACGAUCGUGCACAGGCUGACCUCGCCGAGGCUCGUGAACGCAUCCGCCAGUUGGAGGAGCAGCUUCGCCAACUGCAGAUCGCGAAGGAUGAGCUCGAGGCCAAGGAGCAAGAGCUGUUCGAUCUGACCCAGCGUCUGCAAUCCGAGCGUGCUAUGAGUGAAGAGGAACGCCGUCGUCUCCGAGAUGAGGUGCACCGCAGGGAGGGAGAGAUCACCUCGAUGCGUGAUGAGGUCAACCGUCGUCAGGAGGAAACGACGCGCCUUCAGAGCGAAAUUGAGAACGUCCGUCGCACCGAGGUCCACAAAUACACCGAGGAUAAGCAUGUACAUGACCAUACCGCUGAAAGUGACGAUGUGCGAGUGCAUUCUUCUGUGCACGACUACGAUGACCAUGAUGAUCACAUCGAGAAUGGGCAUCAGGAACUCACCACCGACGCGGACGCCGACAUGCCUCAGCGCGAGCUUGACCGCGUCACGGCAGCCGAACAGAACGUCUCCAUCAAGCAGAAGCUCGACAUGCUCACCCGCGAGUUGGAGGGCGUGAAGGACGAGCGUGGAGUCACCGACUAUGAUGUCCUUCAUAUGGAGAAUAAGAGGGCCGGCAGGGACAAGUACAAGACGCUCAGGCAGAUCCGCGGCGGUAACACGAAGCGACGCAUCGACCAGUACGAAAACAUG